AUGGCCCCUACACCAUUACCGGCACACACAUACAACUUCGACUUCUCCUCAGCCUAUACGCCACACGUCCCCUCACCCCUCUCAUCCUCACCACUCCGUCCCAGCUCAACACCUUCCCCGCUGCAAAACCGCGACAUGAACGCGAGUUCAAAGCCCAUGCCUAAUACCUGGAAAUCCAAUAAUAACAAUUACAAUAACGACAAUGAUGCGAGAAUGAGCUCCCCCACCCCCUCGCCAUCAAAACCACAACCAAGCCCCUUCUCCCACCCACGAACCCGCAGCUCCAGCCUGCCAUCCCCCCCUCCCUCGCGCGGCAAAGAAAGCGUAUUCAGCAAACGCAUCGCGAAACCCAAUCCCCUGUUACACGCGGCCGGGAAAAGCAUAGGCGAGAAAGCUGAGACGCGGCGGAAGCUGUUUUUGCAGAAGGUCAGGGGCGCAGCGGAGGAGAAGAGAUGGACGGCUAGGGGGGGAGAUGAGGAAGUUAUGCGGGUGUUGUGGGAGAGGGAGGAGAGGGAGAGGAGGGUUCGGGAGAGGGUGCUCGCUGAUGGGAGUGGGUUUGGUGAUGUGGAUGUGGAGGAAGAGGAGAGUUUAGAUGAGAUUAUGGCUGAAGAAGUCGCUGUGGCUGAGCAGGCGGAGGUGGAGGCGCUGGUUGGGGAUUGGGUGCGCGAGAGGGAGUUUGGGAGUGAUGAGGAGGACUGGGAUGAGGUUUUCUUGGAGAUGCUUUCGCAGGAGGGGAAGAAGCAACAGGAGGGACAGAUGCAGGGACAGGAACAUGCACAUGCAGAUCAGCAGGUUCAGCAACAGGGACAGGGCCAUCAGGAGGAUCAUGAUAUGAUGGAUAUGAGUUAG